GCAGCCCAGCCCUGAAUCAGGAGAAACAGAGGGUGUGGAGAGGGAAACAGACAGAAAACAGGAGUUGUUAGGUGCAGGAUCCUGAAGAUUUGGGUUUAGUUGUGGUAGUGCUGCGUGCAGAUCUGCAUCCUCCAUCGCCGCUGGGAAACAAGUGCCUUUUGUGCCUCCCCCCUGCUGCAGAGGGGGGAGUGCGUUUACCGGCGUCCCCGGAGGGAGAAGGCAAGAAGUCUCCAAUCAGCCCUUAGAGCUUCCUCUGAUCUUGAUGGGCAUUUAUCACUGACCUGAGACAGGCACUGCUCACCACUCCAACCACCUGGAAUGUUCUCAACGCUUCCACUUUGUUUAUUUACUAUAAAAUCACAGUUUGACGAGGAUACGAGAAUCAGCCUGACCAGAAAAAAAGGGGAGGGAUAUCUGGACAUGCUGGAUUGUUUGUUCAUGAUGGACUGACUUUUCCACGUGAUUUUUUUUUUCUUUUCCCCAGCGGAGGACACUUUUUUUUAAUGUACGAAGGCAAUAUUUACCCUGUCAUGUUGUGUUUGUCAUCCUUGAGGAGAUGAGAGGCAGAGCAUCAUCCUGACAGUCAUGUAGGGCUGACACAUGUAGAUAGAUUUGAAGCAGGAGAAAAUGGAAAAGGGUGACAGUUGGAGCACACUUGCCUGCUGAGCGCGUCUGGCGCCUCGCUCUCCAGAGUUUGGGGUUGUUUUGGCAGAGUUGUCAUGCUUCUAAUUGGACAGAGAUAGCUUUCGUCUCAGUGUGUGGCUGGUGAGAGGAAUCAGAGUUUGGGGGAUUACAGGCUUUACGCAAAAAGGAAACAGGUGCUGUGGAGCCUUGACUGAGGAUUAGCUUGUGCGACCCCGUCGAUGGACCUUUUAGACAAGACGAUCCUCGCUCAAGGAUUAAAGAAAAAGAUGAAGGUUUAACCCAGACGAUGAGACUCACAGGAAGGAGACAGCAGAGGAUCUUGCAUUAAGAUUGAGAUCAGGUCCCUGCAAACUGUGAAAAGUGAGGUCUUCAGGGUAACUAUCAAUACCGAGGAACAUGUUCGCAGAAUUUCAAGGGGGAGAAAAACCCUUUCCUCAAUAUGUCAGCAAGUCGACCUGAUCCAUGAGCUGUUUUUUAUUGAUUUUCUCUCAACAUCUAGAAGUCUUGUCUGAUUACUGCUCAAGAGGUCACUAAUCUAAACAUAAUCCAUCACUAGUCUCACCCUGAAGCAGUUUGAGUGCUGAGUGAGCCACGUCCGAGGACUAAUGGAAGGGUACGAUGAGAAUAUUGCUGAGAUCCAGUGUAGGUGCAGUUAAUAUAAAUGCCUUGUAUUGUUUUGAAUAAAUAGUGGUGUAUGUUUGUAAGUAGGACAACUUGUAGCUCAAAGGAUGGUGUGUCGCAGGUUACCUUAUCUUCAAUGCACAGGAAGGGCUUGCAGCUUCUGGCUAAUGGUGUCAUGGGCACAACCUGACACAAAGCUUUCAAUCCCACUCAUGCCCUCAAGGAGUUUCAUUGCCGUUGCAUUAAGAAAUACCUCUAACCGUAUUCUGAUCCUUAAGUAGAUGACCAGAGAGAGACUGAGUGCUGACUCGGCUUUAAGCAAAGGCACAUUAUCUCAGCAAACCUGGACAGCAAAGCAGGAGGGUAGGACAAUGUGGGACUGAGGAGUAAGAGGCAGCCUCUGCAAGUUGUUAGAUGGUCUCAUUGUUUGAACGUGUAUCACUGCGAGAGUGGGGGAGUUCAGCCACAGCGGGCGUCUUCUGGGAGUAACUACUCGAUGCUGCUGCUCUAGACCUCUAUGACCCAGAGUAGCUGGCUACAGCAGGAGUUCUGCACUGUCGCGUUUGUCUGGGAGAAGCCCUGACAUGUCUGAAACUGUUGCCUGACUGAUUAAUGAAGCACAAACCUGCAGGACAAUUAGAGUGUGAAGAGAGAUCUGCCAAUAAGCACACAAACUUCAAUGGAAAAUAUCUGCAAAUAAAAUAAUUUCCAACGUGUGAAACAAAAGACAGCGGGAACAGUGACGCAGCUAAUUAAACUGUGCCCUUCCCUGCCGUGGAUGAGUUGCGUGUCACUCUGAAGAGGACUGGUGUUACACACCACAACCAACUGCGAAUGAGGGUGGGGCUUUCCCACUGCCACAGACAAAGAAUACUGCCUUAAGAACCGAACUUCGGUUGGAGGACCAGCAGGGUCUGCCGCUCCCCGCCAGCUGUCGCCAUGGGGUGCAACAUGUGUGUGGUACAAAAGCCUGAGGAGCAAUACAGGGUGAUGUUCCAGGUGAAUGCGAAGGAGCUCUCUCGCCUGUCUGGAGAUCCCACCCUGGACAUACGAGACCCCCGGCUGUCCAGCAUCCUGAAGCGGGGCGCUCGGAGACGCGCUGCCCCGACUGCGGCUGCUGGGGGCCCCGUGGCGGUGACCAUGGGCAUGGCCGACUGCGUGGACAGCUGCACCCAGACGGACAUCAGCUUCCAGCAUAUGUUGACUCUGGGCAGGAGCAGAGAGCAUCCCUGCGGAGCGCCGCCCCCACCCGACCCGCCGCCCUCCCCGCCGCUGCCCCCGCUGCCGGAGCCAUAUCUGUUCAACGAACUCUUCUCGGAGCCUGUGUACUACGACCCCACCGACUACUUCGACAUCAGUCAACACGAAGUGGACAGAAACGACGAGCUGGAAUACGAGGAGGUGGAGCUGUACAAAUCCCGUCAGCAGGAUAAACUGGGUCUGACGGUGUGCUACAGAACCGAUGAUGAGGAGGACCUUGGGAUCUACGUGGGAGAGGUGAACCCAAACAGCAUCGCUUCGAUGGAUGGACGGAUCCGUAAAGGAGACAGAAUACUACAGAUAAACGGAGUGGACAUCCAGAACAGAGAGGAGGCGGUAGCUAUUCUCACCAGAGAGGACAGCACUAAUGUCUCCCUGCUUCUUGCAAGGCCUGAGAUAGAGAAUGAAAACCAGUUGGAUCCAGACGAGCUGGAACUGGAGCCUCUGGACAACGAUGUUCAUUCGAGCAGCAGUACCAGAUUGAGGACCAGCCCUUCCGUCCAAGGUGCAGGACAAGUCAGCGCUGCGAUCGGAGGGGUCCUCUCCAGUCACAAUCACGCUCAUUCGGUGAGCAGAGAUUCUCCUGAUUUGCUCCUGACUGUCCUGAGUAACAGCCAGGAGUUGGACAGUGGGGUUGGCCGGACAGACGAAAGCACACGCUAUGAGGAGUCGUCAGAACAUGACCUACUAGGGGAUGAUCACACCAGUGCCUCCAACACAAACACAACCAACACACCUGGAAGCAUGCGAAAGUUCUUGUCGGGCAGAGGGGAUACCCCACCGUUACUGCACUCCCAAGACCUCCAGUUCAGCACUGACUCUCUGCUAGGACUGGACUGCUUCAAUGGAGGAGGCCUGGAGCUGGUGGAACGUUUAGAGAGGAGCUACAUGGCUGAUUCAAUGCGGAUGAUGAUGCCCGGGCUAACUGAAGAAGAGUGCGAGCGAUACAAAGAGCUGCUGGAGAUCAAGUGCUUCUAUGAGAAGAACAGCAAUGUUCCAGGGGUGGAACAAGAGGAAGGGGAUGUCCCACUGGACGAGAAUAGGAAUGAGAGUUUGACGCAACAUGAGAUGGCCCUCAUAGAAGAGGAACUGCGCCAUCUGGAGUUUAAGUGUCGCAAUAUCUUGAGAGCGCAGAAGAUGCAGCAGCUGAGGGAGCGUUGCAUGAAGGUUUGGCCUCAUGAGGAUAAAAAUGGAGCAAGUCCAGGCACUGGGUUAGGAGCUGGGCGCUUGGAGACAAAUGGUUCUUUGGUGAGUGAGGAGUCUUGUCACCAGGCUCUAUCAGACAUUAACGAGCUUCCUGAGAGAGAGCGCUCUGACAAAGACAGCACGAGUGCCUACAACACUGGGGGAGAAAGUUGCAGGAGCACGCCUCUGGUCAGUGAACAGUACCCAUCUCUGUCCACUCAGAGUCUGGAGGGAGGACAUUCUCCUCUUCCACCAUCCACCAGGCAAAAAGAGAGAUGGGACGGGAUCCAAGUGAACUUAAACCAACCAUACUCUCCGCAAACUCACCGGAGAGGAAGUGAGGCAAAGACAUCCAGCCCGGGGGUAAAGGUUAGGUCAUUGUCCCGGGACGUAGGAAGUAGGAGGGGCUCGGAUGGGGGAAUGAGACGCAACCCUAGAACCAAUGGGACAGCUGAGAGAGCCGGUGGACGCAGUGCAGAAAACAGCCCAUAUCUGUCCCGCCGUCAGACGGACAUAAAGCCCCCGCAACGCUACCUGAGCUGCAUGCAGCUGAGGACACCCUCGGCCUCCGAGCACCUAUGUGGACUCAGGAAUCCCCCCAAAGAGGGCACUAUAGAGUUAGGAGACGAUGCGAGUCCAAUGAGUUUGGGCAGCACAUGUAAAGAUGUUCCCCAGAUUCCAGAUGGCAUUCCCUCAGCGUUGUCCCCUCCUCUGCUACCUGCUUCCCCCAGAAUGGAGUGGAAGGUGAAGAUCCGCAGCGACGGCUCACGUUAUGUGGCCAAACGACCCGUGAGGGAUCGCCUCCUGAAGGCACGUGCCAUAAAGAUCAGAGAGGAACGCAGCGGAAUGACGACGGACGACGACGCUGUGAGCGAAAUGAAGAUGGGUCGCUACUGGAGCAAAGAGGAGCGAAAACAGCAGCUGCUGAAAGCCCGAGAGCAGCGGCGGCGAAGGGAGUUCAUGAUGCAGAGCCGUCUCGACUGCCUCAGGGAGCGUGAUAGGGAGCAGGGCGGCAGUACGACAGGUCAACAGGGGGCGCCACAGCAGCAGGAACCAGCAUCCAUACUGGAACUCUGCCACCGGAGGAGCAUGAAGAAGCGCAGUCGGAGAAUCAUGGACAACUGGAUCACUAUACAAGAGCUGCUGGCGCAUGGGAGCAGGUCUGCAGAUGGGAAGAAAGUCUACAACCCCCUGCUGUCUGUUACCACAGUCUGAGCCAUUGUACACACGUAGCCGGGUCUUUAUAAAAACAAAUAUCUCCGCCACAUCCUUUUAAAAAGAUACCACACACGCAGGAUCGGUUUAAGAAAAAUUUUCAUCUGCAUGAACUCACUAAAUUACUCCACUGUGCGUUGUAGUAAACAUGCUAAACCAUAGGGGGCAGUGUACUGCAAAGCUAAAACCUAUAACAGCCAAUCACAAUCCUUCUCAAAAAGCACAACUUCCUGUUAGGAAUUAAAUAUGGUGCCAGAAAGUUCAUUUAAGUGGACAAAGAGAGAUUACUUUUAAAUACCGUGUUAGGAAAUAAAGUUUAUAAAAUACAAGACGAUGUUGUUGGGAUUCGCGUCAAAGCAAUGAAUGGCAUGAUUGGAUAGUUGUUGUAAGGUAGCUGAUCUUUGGUCUCUGAUAGUAAUUUUUCUAUGACGGAGUAUUACAGCCAUACUGAGAAAAAGCAAAAAAAGAAAAUUACGAGGAAAAAGUCAUAACAUUAUGACAUUAAACUUGUACAAGAAUGAAGUCAUAAUGUUACGAGACAAGUCAUAAAGUCGUAAUAUUCUAACUUUAUUCUCAUAAUAUGACUUUAUUCUUGUACUUAUUCUUGUAAUUUUAUGAUUUUAUUGUUGUAAUGUUUUAGGGGUUUUUUUCUUAGUGUGGCCCUAAUUCUCUGUCGAAUUUCUCCUCCAUUGAUGGCCAAGCAAUGGUCACAUGUAACAUUAGCACACCAUUAUUUAUCACAGAUUGUAAUGCAUGUACCUCUAAAUCUCCGGUUUCCAAUUCUAAAAUCUCCACUUUGUUCUAAAUUUUUAUUAAUAAUAAUUUUUGAUGAUAUCAAACAGAGUUUAUGUGGAAAUGAAAGGCCAAAUCACAUAAAAAUCUAUUAGUUUCCCAGACAUCCGGCUACGUGUGGACUAGGUUUGCUACUAGAUGGGCAAUGAAGAGAGUGGUAGAAAGAGAUAACAACUUGGCACACAACAGGCCCAAGUGAUAAAAACAAAACAUCUUCCAAAAGUGCAAGAAAAUAUACAUAUACAUAUAUAUACACUGUGAACAUUAAGAUCAAUUUUAAGUAUCCUGUAGCAAUUCCAAGUCCUAGAGACAAAGGGAAAAAAAGCACAGAUUGUGUUCAAUAAAACAUAACACAAUGCUACAUACCAAGAUCACACCAGCUGCUCCUCAGAAGCUCGCCAGUAAAAACAGCAAUGUUUACAGGUCUUGAACACCUUUUUAUAAUUAAUGGAAAAUGGGGCCAAGAACAAUGCAGCUGUGAAAGAAAACAUUGAAGAAAAAUCACUCGUGUGCCAUAAAAACUGGACAACUGGUGUCCAAGUAAGACUUUGCAAGUAAGACAACUUUUUCUGCUUGGCUGCAUCUUUUGUAAUAUUUUUUGCAUUGUUCGUGUACAACUUUCACCAGGUUUUUUUUGUGUUGUGUUUGUUUUUUAACACGUUAUCUAAGCACAGACGUCUCUUGGACAUGAGGAGCUGAGCCGUGCCUUUCUUUCAGGCAUAACUGACCGUAAAGCACAAAAGAAAAAAGGCUGGACCAGUUCAAUUUUUCAUUAAAAUUAAUGUAAAAUGCCUCCACAAGAAAAAAAGAGAAAAAGAUUUAGGUCUUAAAUAUUGUUGACCUUUUAAUAAGCACAGACAAGAUGUUGACAUCAUCGCCAGAAGAUUAGGCAAUUUAGAUUAACAUUACCCAAAGAAAUGAGUGUUUUUGCUCUGUUGUAGCUCUUCUUGUAAUUUCGGCUGAUUCAUAAGCUAACGAAAAGUGUUUUGCACAAGUAUUCAUACAUCCUGAUUUUUUCCACAUAUUCUCACAUUAAAACAGAAACUCUGCAACUGAAAUUAGCAUCUGCGAUCUUGCCACAAGCUAGCAAUUGGAUUUACGGUUGACUGGGUCAAACGUUAACUGUUACAUUUCUAAUAAAAGGUUUGUUUUAUGCUUCAGUUUUUUCAAGCCAACCAAAAAUUUACAUUUUGGUCUCAUCUAUGACAUACUUUUGAUUUUUGAAUGAUGAAUUGUGGUCUGUGAAACUCCCUUUCAUAAUCCAAAAAAGCUUUAAACUUUUCCACAACUUUAUUCCUGACCUGCCUGCUCUAUUUCUUGGUCUUCAUGAUGCCGUUUGUUCACUUUCACAGAGCUGCUGAAUUUACACUUAUAUAUUAUCGCUAGCCUGGUAAAAAAUUUAAAUAAAUAAAAUUAAAAACAGUCCAUUGUUCUACACUAUUUUACUAUUUGAUUCAAAGUUCGUACAUAAUCUAGACCUCCGAUUAUUGAGAAACGAUUGCUUCGUAUUUAUAGUUUUAAAUUUUACCCAAUUGCUAAUGGUUACUUUCCCCGUGACGUAUGUAAUGCGCCAGUUCGACGUUCCGUAGCUUACCGGAAAUUGCCUGAGCUGUAAACAACCACCCUCCGCUGCACAGAGAGAAGUGCCGGACCGAACAAGAUGGCUGUUACUGUUAAUUCAAUAAUAUUUGAAACCGUGGCCAAGGCGGACUGAACGGGUUCGUUCACUUCCUCCGCUACCGUUGCUAAAACUACAGGCUGACUUAUAAACCAGCGCAA